AUGCGACAGAACUUUGUAGGCAUGGUUGUGAGCAACGCCAUGCAAAAGACGGUGAAGGUGAAGGUGACCCGUCAGAAAUUGCAUCCCAUUGUUCUCAAGACAAUCAAAACCCACAAGAACUAUCUUGUGCACGACGAGAACCAGUUGUGCGGAUUGGGAGACGUUGUUCGUAUCGAGGCCUGCAGACCCCUGAGCAAGACCAAGCAUUUUACAGUAGCCGAGAUUGUCAGAAGUGCAAAGAGUGCAUAA